CGCGGCGACGGGCAGCCGUGGAAGUCGGCGAGGCGGUCACGAAUUUUCACUAAAUGUCGGCCGUCGACAAGGUUCGCGUGCUGGUUGUUGGUGAUUCGGGCGUCGGCAAAACGUGCCUGACUCAUCUGAUCGCAAACCAGGAACCGCUUACAUCGCCCGGAUGGACGGUCGGCGCCUCGGUCGAGGUGAAGCUGCACGAGUACAAGGAAGGCACGGCCUCGCAGAGCACGUUCUUCGUCGAGCUGUGGGAUGUCGGGGGCUCGAUUAGCCACAAAAACACGCGCGGCGUGUUCUACAAUCCGACGCACGGCAUCAUCCUGGUGCACGACCUGACGAACCGAAAGAGCCACGAAAACCUGCAGCGAUGGCUCGUCGAGAUCCUGAACAAAGACGGCAAGGACGUGCUGAAGGGUAACGAGCUGCUGCUCGACAUCGAUCCGGAACAGUUCCUUGGCUCGACGCAGUUUCGAAAUUCGCAGAUUCCCAUACUGGUCAUCGGCACCAAGCUGGACAUGAUGGACGAAGCGCAUAAGCAGAAAAUCCUCAACCGGACCUCGGUCGGCAGCAUAGCGGAGCAGUGCGGUGCGGAUGAAAUUUGCCUCAAUUGUCACGAAGCCCGAUCCCUGGCGGCCGGAACGACGGAUUCCGUCAAACUGGCCCGGUUCUUUGACAAGGUCAUUGAACGGAAGUACUACAGUCGCGAAACGGGACGAAAGUACACGACCAACUACGGCGGUUCUUCGAUGGUCACCGGACCGUUCGGGAAUCUGCCGGUGUCCGGAUCGUCUGCAGCACCCUCGUUGGGCACAUUUAGCUAUCUCACCUCCAACACGGUGCCAGAAUCCAGUUUAUCUUAAUCCGUUCCCCGCUCCGUUAAGUAAACAUCAUUCCACGCA